CUUCGCAUCACACGCCCGUGGAUCACCAUCACCUUCUCUGCCUUGGUGUCCAGGACCCUAGCGAAUGGGUUCCAAUUCUUCGGAAACCUUACUGGGCAGGGCAGGGCCAGUGACGGUAACGGCGACAGGAGCGCUGGUACCACCGGCGGCAGUAGCAGCACGGGCACCGCCGGCGUUUCACAGGUCUUCCUUGAACUUGUCGGCACCAUCCACGUUGCGUCGUUUGACAAGAGAUGGCUCAACGACCCAAGUGCCGAAGAAGCUCCAGACAACUCCUUACGCCGCGUGUUCCUAUUGACAUGGAUGGCCACCUUCGUUCUUCUAGAGGAAGCAAGGCUGGCAUUGCAGGGGAUGGGGAUGGGGUCGCGGUCUCGAAAAGCCACCUGUCUCGAAAUCAAGGGACGUACGGAAGCCCGUCUGCAAGCGACCGGGUUCACCACGGCUUUCACAACAGCAAAGGCCGAAUUGAGCCGUUACCUGACGGCCCAUGGGACGGCGCGUGCGGCGAAAGGAGCGCCUCUUUCCGAAGAGGUCAAGGCCAUUCGGCAUGCAAGAUUCGCAAAUACCCGGCUCUUGCAAUUUGCCAACCUCAUUGCCAUCGGAGACCCGGGGUCGUCAGAGCGCAGGACACAGCUAGAGCGACUGUACAAGUCACGCCGCCCGGAACUUGGGGUCCAUAUCAACUUUUCGAACCGGGAGCAAUGGUUCAACUGGAUGGACAGCCGGACACGGGGCGUGUCAUAUGUGACUAGCAUCAUUUCGGCAGUGACCUCAACCUUCUCCGCUGGCGAGCGUGGCAUAUAUAUCCGCUCCCUCGGCUUGCCCAUCAACGCGACCCAAGCACAGAUCGAGGAAGCCAGUCGACAACGGCAAGCGCAACUGAGAGCGAGCCGAGCGGCCUCUGCAUCAUUCCGCGCAGCUCAGCAAACCCGUGCCCUGACCAGCCAUGGCCGUAACGCAGACUCAGUACUUUCAGCGGCCAACCUCCCGUUGGAAGGACAAGAGGUUACUCGCCACGAGGGCAGCGGCACCUUCUCCUUCUUUGGGACCGUCAAUGAUAAACCGGUUCGCAUCGUCGUCAACGCCAGCAGUACCAUCCUCAAACGAAACCCGCGGCUCUCCUUCCGUGAUGACGGUCUUGCCUUGACUGCGGAAGAUGGUGCGGAUCUUGGAGUGAUCGUCUCAUCUGCCACCAUGCCAUUUUUGAAAACGCACGGUCACAACCUUUUCACUGUUUGGAAGGCAGAGGUGGAGCGGAGGAUCGGACGACCACUUGCGCCCCACGAGACAGGACAGCUUCCCGCACCCGCGGGGCAAGACCCAAACCUCCCAGCUUGGGCUGCAAGACGCAAGCUGUACAAGAUCAAGCCUGUGCGACAAGAUGGGGCGCUGUGGCUGUUCCGGCAAUGGUUGGAUGAAGAAUUUCCUGAUGCGGUGAAUGAGAUCCGACACCACUGGGAGGAUGCCAGCUUGCCCUUCACCACGAGGUUCCCGACGUGGAUCACAGAGCAUUACCCUGACCAUCCUUGGGCCGCUUGGUGGAGGGCAUACAUGUUGGAUCCACCACACACGAGGAAAAAGACCGAUACUGUGCGUGGGUGCGUUGUCGCAUUGCGAGGGGAAGUCACAUCUAACAAGCAGUACCUGGUGUCUGCUGGCGUGAGCGGGAAGGUUUGGGUGUUUGGACCCCCCCGGGAUGAUGAAGAUCUUGAGUGAGAGGGAGAGAGAGUAUGAGAAGGAGAAGAUAUGAGAUUAGGACUAGGAAUAUUCCUUUUCAUCGGCGUAUACCGUAUAUGUAGUUUGUUACCAUUACUUAGCUUCUCGUCGUUUCGAAACUUUGACCGCUUUUCUUUGUUAUACUGGCGGUCACUCACAUGUGCGGCUCGCAAUAUAUGACUUGUUGUUCAUGGUCUGUCACUGCUAGGCCGCUAGGCCGGGGCCGCAGGAAGCGGUGGGUGCUGCUGAGCUUUUGAUAACGACGGCGACGCCCCG